CCUGGUGGGCAGACUGGCUGUAAUGCAGCAGGAACGCAACAGCAGGCCUCGAAGAGGCGGCGGCAGGCAAAACCGGCGGCGGCCAAGCGGUCGGGAAAGGCAAGCAGAAAGUGCUGGGAGCUGCGGGGAAGACGGCCACAACCGGGGCGGCGGGAGCCGAGGAAGAAGCGCAGGACAUGGCAGGCGAGACUCUCGUGGCAGAGGAGCCGCUGAGCCUUCUUCCGCUCCUCACGAUAUCGAGCCGGCUGCAGCUGAUCUAGAAUUGCAAGAAGAGGAAAAGGAAGAACAGGGAAGUUAUUCAAAAAGAAAGGUGGUUUCUAACUGGCAUCGUUACGAAGAUACUGAAAAGGAAGCACAAAGUGACAGUGGUGAAUCUCAGCGUGGGACAGACUUUAGUGUUCUGCUUAGCUCUGCAGGCGAUUCCUUUACGCAGUUCAGAUUUGCAGAAGAAAAAGAGUGGAUCACAGAAAACCUUUGCCCUAAACAGUUACCUGGGUUCUAUGCUGACUGCGAGUCCUUGGUCCAAGCAUUUGAAAAGCUUCCUCUGCAUCUCAAACUAAACGUGGCUGCUGAUCUGGUGCAGGAUGCAACGCCUGUCAUACUCCCCUCAAUUAAAUCAAAAAGUAAUGAUAUCUCCAAGAGGAGUGGUGCUCAGUUACAGCAGCCUGUGGUGCAAAGUAGAGUUGUACCAAGCAGUAUCUCUUCUACAGAUGCAGCUGCCCACUUGAUCCUACCUAAUAGAGAUGGAUGUGAAAUUAUUUCUUCAGAGGCCCUCCAGAAAAACCCUUUAGUUUCACAACAAGAAACCGAUCAGUUAGAUGAAGACCUUGAUUUACUCCUGAAGCUGGAUGCUCCUGUUAAUUAUGAAACCAGCUCCAUAUUGGAAACAGUCUCUCUCACUGAAACAUCUGAGGAAGAUCUGAAAAUGCCUCAUGGAGAAACUGAUCUGAAUAGGACUGAAGAAAAAAGCUCAAUAUCUCAACAGCAGCAAGUUUUAUCCAAAUGUAUUACUGAGGAAGAGCUUGAAGACUGGCUGGACAGCAUGAUUUCCUAACGCCUGCAUUUUGGCUGUCAUACAAGUAACUGAAAAACAAAUUAAGAUAACAGUGGCUAUAUAAAAAUAUUCAUUUACAAGCAUUCAAAUUAAGUAGCUGUUUCAUCCUGAUUUCUAAUUAUAUUGCAUGACAUUUUGAAGUGGCAUAUGUGGACAACUUCCAGGAAAGAUGUGUGUUAUCAGCAGAGAAUUAUUUGUAUCAGAACGUCUAAAGAAAUGUAAUUACAUUAAUUUGAAAUUCUUGUAGAAAAAUCCAGUGCUUUAUAAGUAGCUUAGGCUGCAACCUAAUAGAUAAUAGGAAAACUUUUUUAGCUUUUGUUGUGCAACUGUAAAGUUGAGCUGUUAAGUGUAGUUGUGUGUUAAUUCUGCAGUUUGUGAGACAGCUUUCAGGGUAGUUUCUAACAAACCAUAAUAAAGCAUGACAACAUUGA